AUGCCUAUCGCUGGGAAGAAGUUCCACCCCCGGGCUCUGCCUGAGUUCUGGAGGACGUUCCGGGAGAUGGACGAAUGGCGGGCCACUCAGACUGGACCUCAGGCUCGUCCGGCUGAAGGCAUUCUCAAGUACGUUCCACGGAAGAUUCGGCCUGCUGAUAUCGCAGGGAAAGGUCGACUGUUGGUUUCUCAUGACUACAAGGGAGGCUACGUCGAAGAUCCCUUUUCCAAGUCGUAUAGCUUCAAUUGGUGGUUCUCGACGGAUAGCUUCAACUACUUCGCUCACCACCGGAUAACCAUUCCCCCUCCGGAAUGGAUAAACGCUGCUCAUCGCCAGGGUGUACCUAUUCUCGGCACCAUCAUCUUCGAAGGUGGAAGCGACGAAGACAUCCUCCGGAUGGUGAUCGGGAAAACACCAGGAAGCACCAGCAACUUCCACGCCGAACGAAACGCGGAGUACACCGUACCAGUUUCGUCGUACUACGCAGAACUCUUCGCAGACCUGGCUGUCGAGCGUGGAUUCGAUGGUUGGCUGCUCAACGUUGAGAUUGGUCUGCAGGGAGGAUCAGAGCAAGCACGAGGUCUGGCUGCUUGGGUUGCGCUACUGCAGCAGGAGGUUUUGAAGAAGGUUGGCCCACAUGGCUUGGUCAUUUGGUACGACAGUGUCACUGUCCGUGGGGACCUGUGGUGGCAAGACAGGCUGAACGCUUUCAACUUGCCGUUCUUCUUGAAUUCUUCGGGAAUUUUCACAAACUAUUGGUGGUACAACGAUGCACCUCAGAAACAAAUCGACUUCCUUUCGAGGGUUGACCCGAAUCUCACCGGGCAAACCGCUGAGCCGCAUCAAUACAACCUGCAGAAGACGAUUCAAGAUAUCUAUAUCGGUGUGGAUGUCUGGGGACGCGGUUCGCAUGGUGGAGGAGGAUUUGGUGCCUACAAAGCUAUUGAGCACGCAGACCCGAAAGGACUCGGGUUUAGCGUUGCCCUCUUCGCUCAAGGAUGGACCUGGGAAACCGAGGAGGAGAAACCAGGCUGGAACUGGGCACAGUUCUGGGACUACGACUCUAAACUCUGGGUUGGACCUCCCGGAGUUGUCGAGGCACCUGACCAUACCGUCAAACCUGGCGAAUACCCCUGCGUUCACGGACCCUUCCAACCCAUCUCCAGCUUCUUCCUGACAUAUCCACCUCCCGACCCGCUAGACCUGCCAUUCUACACCAACUUCUGCCCCGGUAUCGGAGAUGCGUGGUUCGUUGAGGGCAAGGAGGUCUUCCGCUCCGAGACGGGUUGGACAGACAUGGACAAGCAGACCACGGUUGGCGACUUGGUCUGGCCCCGACCCAAGAUUUAUGAUCUUCCAUCUCAAAAUGCCAGUCAGGCUACGUUAAAUGCGGCAUUCAACUUUAACGAUGCGUGGAAUGGAGGAAACUCGCUUCAGAUCAACCUCACCGUCCCUGGAGGAGCGACCACGUAUGGAGCCUACUGGGUUCCCAUCCAGACAUUCACAUUCUCCAGUCGGCGCCAGUACGAAGCUUCGAUCGUCUACAAGCCGGGGUUGAGUGGGAAGACCCGCUUCGAUGCCAAGUACGAGGUGGGUAUCCGAACCAUCACAGGGGAAGACCAAGGCAAGAUCAUCUCCAACACGACGACGGAAGUUGGAAACGGUUGGCGCAAGGUGCACAUUUUGUUCGAGAUCGAGACGCCAGUUGAAGGAGGGUCCAUCAUCGUACCUUCAUCCAUCGGCCUGGUCAUUGCAGUUUCGAACGUAUCAACUACCGAGCAAUUCGAGUUCCCCUUCCUGGUCGGCCAGAUUACCAUCCACCCCCACCUCCCCGAUCGUUACAAGGAGUUCAAGCCGGCCCUCCUGUGGCUUUUGUUCACACCUUCCGCUGGAACUAAUAGCCUCGAUGGCACCCUCACUUGGGACGUCGUCGCAGCCAUUGAACGCCCUCCACCAGUCGAAAUUAACAACCCCGAUGACGCACAAAUCCCCUGGAACCUGCAGCCGACCAAACAAGAAUGGUUCCCCGACUUCCUCUACUUCAAUGUGUACGUGCUGGAGCUCUUGGAUGGUGGUGGACAAGGUCCUCCACAGUGGAUUGGCACGACUGGAUACGAUGGGGAGAAAAAGAGGUUCUUCAUCUAUGACGAAAGCUUGCCACCGACGUCCGGUUUAAGGAGGUUCACGUUCCAGAUCGAGGGCGUCCUGGAGACGGGAGAGUCAACGCACUGGUACGAUGCACCGGCUGCGCCGUCGGCAACGGCGGGAGGAGAGCAGAAGCGGACACGACGCACCUCUCUCAAGUCCGUGCUCAGUCCGUUGCGGAGGAAGAAGUCGAAGGGCGAUAUCUCCGUCGCCAAGUGA